AUGGCAGCAGGCAGGUAUUGCCUUCGCGCCGCCAUCGCCACGCCCGAGCAGGAGCCCAGUCCGGCUGCACGCGGCGCUUGGGAAGCCCCGCUCCGGGUUUCCCGCCGGAGGCGCUUGACCCUCCCACGGCAUCGCCCCGCCCCAAAGCCCGGGCCGGAGGGGGGCGGAGAACGGGAGGCUCAGCGGGGGCCCCGCGACACGCCCAGGGCGGCCCUACGCGGGGCACCGCCUCCUGGCGCCGACGCCGCAGCCACGCCCUGGCUCGUGGGGCCCUCAUGGGGCGGCGCGAUCACGUGCCCACAGGCCCCGCCCUUGCCGGACGGCCGCGAGGGGUCCUCCGACGCUGCCGGCGCGCGCAGUGACGCCGCUUCCGGGCCCGGCGACAUGGCGGCGGCGGCGCGGGGCUUGGAGCGGAGCGCGGCGGGCGGCCCAGGCGAGUCUCCCUCUCUGGUGGCGCCGAAGGGCCUGGCGCGGCGCGGCGCUCUCCUGCGCGGGCGAAGGCUUCGGCCCCCGGUUGCGUUGCGCGCGGGGCGAAGAGGCCCGGAGGCCAGCCCGGGCGCCCGCCCGCCUGCCUCUCCGAAGGGGCCGCGGCGUCCCGGCCUGCAAGCGGGGGCGGGGGAGGGGCUCGCGCGGCGGUCUGGGGGCGCUUUUGAGGGGCCGCUCUGGGGCCGCCUCCGGGCUCCAGCGGGCGGGGCUUGCGCGCUCUGGUCGGAGGUGGGCCAAGUUGGGAGGAAAGGCAGCACAGAUGAGGAUAGCGAGAGAGAGAUCGACAUUAUUAAUCUCCCUGAAACACCAGAGACCUGCCUGCAGAUGAACCUGGUUUAUCAGGAAGUUAUCGAGGAGAAGAUUAAGGAGGUUAAUAUCCUGCUUGCCCAAAACAAAGAGCAGCAGGAAAAGCUCACUUGGGAACUUGCAGGGCCCAGAGCAUCAAAAUCCAGUGAUGGGAAAGCCAUGCCCGCAAACGUAUUUCUGGGCCAUUUUAUGAAGCCGUACUUUAGGGAUAAAACAUCUGGGAUUGGUCCUCCUGCGAACAUUGAUGCCCAAGAGAAGUCAAUGCAAGGCAUAAAAUCUUUUGAGGAUCUGAUCAUUGUAAAAUGGAAGAGCCGAGAGAAGUUGUUGCUGCGUCAGUCUGUAGCAAGUGAUCGUUUGCAGCAUCUGCUUCAGCCAAAACUUCUGAAGCUUGAGUAUCUGACUGACAAACAGGAAAAAUCCAGGGAUGGGAUGGAAAGGCAGAUCUUGGCAAAGCAGAUCCAAGAAGUAGAGUGUGAAGUGGAUGACAUCAAGAUGCUGCCAGAGGAGGUUUUGCUGGGAAACAGACUUGAUAAGCACGACUGGGACAAGAUUGCCAAUAUCAAUUUUGAAGGAACACGCAGUGCAAAAGAGCUGAAGAAAUACUGGCAGAAUUCUGAACAUCCUAGUAUCAACAAGAAAGAGUGGAGUGAAGAAGAGAUCGAGAAACUCAAAGAAAUUGCUGCCAGAUACAAAUGCCUCAGCUGGGAAACAAUAGCCCAGGAGUUGGGGACACAGCGAAGUGCCUUCCAAUGCCUGCAGAAGUUCCAGGCAUACAGCAAAGACUUCAAGAGGAGUGAGUGGACCCCAGAAGAGGACCAGAUGCUCUUGCAGCUGGUGCAAGAAAUACGGGUUGGGAGCCAUAUCCCAUACCGGAAAAUUGCCUAUUACAUGGAGGGGAGGGAUCCAGCCCAGCUGAUCUAUCGGUGGACGAAGCGAGUGGAUCCCGACUUGAGGCAUGGAUCCUGGGCUCCAGAGGAAGAUGCUCUGCUGUUGAAGGCAGUCGCAAAGUACGGGGAGCGGGACUGGUACAAAAUUCGAACGGAGGUGCCGGGGAGGAACGACAUUCAGUGCCGAGAGAGGUACUUGAAUGCACUACACCAUAAUAUAAAGAAGGGCAGGUGGAGUGAGGAAGAAGAAAAGAAGCUAGUUGAACUAACAGAAAAAUACGGCGUGGGUCACUGGGCAAAAAUUGCUUUGGAGUUGCCCCACCGCUCGGGACCUCAGUGCCUUAGCAAGUGGAAGGUCCUGGUGGGCUAUCAGAGAAACAAGAAGAGGAAGCUGAAGCAGAGAGUGGACCUCAACCUUUCAGAGUCCAGCAGUGAGGAUUCAGACCUGGAACUGGAAGAAGGCAGUAGCGAGGAGGAGGAGGAGGAGGAGGAGGUGUUCGAGAACCCCAGGGCUGAAACCUGCGUGGUGCCCAGCAUAGACCUGUGGAUCCCCACAAGGAAGAAUCCAGCAAGAGUUCCUGGGGAACUGCCCUCUGCUCCUCUGCUUUCAAAGGGCUUUGACGUGAACAGAAGACGGAAGCCAGUUCCCGGUGCUCUACUUGUUGAAGAGGACCAAGCUGCCGAUGGGCUACAGUCCAGGAUGCCUCCACCAGUUCAUGUUCAGGCAAAGGAGGAAUUCGCUGUGGAAGACACUGGAAUCUCCAGAAACAAAAAGGACUCCUGGAGGGUUUCCUUAGCCUAUGUGAAAUGUGUGUUGCGGAGAAACAGCUAUGAGUUGCAGAGGAGAAGUAGAGAGAUAAGCAGAAAGAAGCGCUUUGCCCUCACUUCACAAAGGCGUCUUGGGAAGGAUUUGGUUCCUGCAGCCAGAGAAGCUUCAAGAGGCCAGGCCCAGAGAGAUGGGAUGUGGAAGACGACGCUCACCCGGCGGCUGAUGAUGGCUGUGACCCCCUGGGCUGGGAGCAUGGUGCAGACCUGGGCCCUCCGGGUCAAGAGGGAAGCUUCUCACAAGUCGAAAGCAGAAUACAUCUUCAAGCACCUACAGACAGCCAGUCUGACAAGUACACCCUUGUUCUCGCUUUUCAUUCAGCUGCUUCAUAUUGACAUUGAUGGCUGCAUGACAGUCAUUCAGAAGAGGAAGUCCAGGCAGCUGGAGCACCUGAAGGCCCUUGUUGGGGGCACAGGCAAGACACAUCAGGCCUCUCCUGCUCGGGAUCCUACAGCCCAGUCUCGACUCCAAGUGGGCACCAGCAAGAAACUCAUUCCUUUGAAGGCCAAGGAAAGCCAUCUUCCUGCUCAUCCCCAGCUGGCUUUUUCACCUCCUUGCCCAGCCCCCAAACCCAAAACUGUCUCUCAGUUGUUGAGGGAAAAGAGGCUGCAAGAAUGGAAGGCAAAAAGAGCCCUGCCGAAAGGGGUCAUCCUGGCACCUCCCCUGCUCCUGCCGUCCUCUGUGAUGAUCCAUCCUCCAGGGGUGCCCCUGAUUCAGACAGGGCGUGGUGGCCCUCCCGCAGCUGGUCUGCCAGGCCCCACAAAUGGUCCACCGUUGCCCAUCUUCUCUCCCACUAGGGCUUCCACGCUUCCUCGCCCAUCAGUAGGCAGUAACUUGGCCUUGUUACAGGAGACCAUGGGGAACAGGAAGGGCUCUCAGGAAACAGCCACAGAGAAUGAGGAGGAAGUGGUUCCUGCUGGAAGCAAAGUAGAGGGUGACGGUAAAGAGGGCGGCUUACAGAAGGAGUGCCAGGGAGUGCCAGCCACUGCCAGUUACGUCCCUUUGUUGCCAAAGCAAUCCCAUUUGCUCCUCCAGGGCCUGGCAGCAAAACCUCAUAUUCCUGUUACUUCUCUGAGCUCCACCAGUGCGGAGCCUGGCGCAAAGAAGACUCCUCUUUUGGCACCAGCCGCCUGUGCCCUGGGACCGGUUGGCUCUCGACAGAACCCACUCAGAUCGGCGCCUCCAUUGACGGCCCUCCUGUCUGGCUCCGGUGAGGAGGUGGCCAAGCAGACUCUUCCCAUAACCUUGCUGUUCACUGCACGGGGCCUCCUUCCUAUGACUGUUGUGAGUAUUCCCAGUCAAGGAAAACAGCCCAGUGCCAUGAGCAGCCUUGGCGCAUCUCCAGGUCUGAGCCAGGUGGCAGGGACCUCUCCUGCCAGCCCAGUCCCAGUUGCAGCUGGGUCAUGUGAGCCUGGCCAGCAGUUGCAAGGGGUCUCUUCCAGCAGCCUUCAGAAGGAAGGAACUCCUGACUUGGGCCUUUCAUCUGUUCCACUUGCUCCUGCCGCCCUCGCGGACUUGCAGAGCAGCUUGCCCCUGGCCUGCCCUCUGAUAUCCCCCUCGCCCAGCACUUCCUUGGGAAGUGGCCAACUUAGAGUUCAAAGUAGGGCUUGUUUAAAACCAGGAUCCCAGAACCAUGUUUGGAGAAAUUGUCAGCGUGCUACCAUUCCUGAAGGCAGCAACGAUCCCCCUGAGAAUGUGUGCCCUACACCAUCUCCGCUGCGGGAGGAGAAGGUCACCCCUGACUAUAGCCUUUUGUCGCUGGAGGACGUAGGAGCAGUGAAGGAGUGGGCAAAUGGAGGCUCGGUUGCAAGGGCUCCAUUGUUGGAAGCCAACUUGCCUUAUCUGCCACCUUUUCUGUGUAGUUUAAAGACACUCUCAACACUGCUACUCAGUAAAGAAACCCUGGAAAGAACUGCGAUGCAUCUUGUGGCUCCAGAAGGGCAGCAGGAGGACAGUCAGAAACUGGAUCUGAAUGCACUGAGGGAAAUGGUGCGCCACAGGCUCAAAGACAACCCUGCCUACCGGCUCCUGAAAGCCCGCUUCCUAGCAGCAUUUACUUUUCCAGCUGCUCUUGCAGCACUGUCGCCUUCCAGGGGGACGACGACACUCUCUGGAGAAAGGUGGUGGGAAAGCAGCCAUAAAGGGGAUACAUCACUCUCAUCGGAGGAGGAGGAGGAGGAGGAGGAGGAAGACCAUAAAAAAGCUGCGAGAGAAUCCAGCGGAGUGGCUGAGAGAUGUGAGGAGCCAGAUACAGACCAGUUUGGUGCACCUGGGGUUCGGAGAAGCACGCGUCUCAGAAGACGGAGAAGGCACCUAUAAUAGAAACAGGCUUUCUUUAAGAACCCAUCAGGUAUUUUGCACUAAUUAAUGGCAAGGCUAUAACCUCGCCGCGGAGAGAGAAGUUGGGAGCACCAGCCUGCUUGUGGAUUUCCCUUAGAGGGAAUGACUUGAGUACGUGGACUGCGUUUUGUUUUUCUGCCCUUUGUCAAAGCCGGAAUGCUGCAAGGGAGGAGCCAACUUUGAUAGGCUUUAUGACCGUACCUGGCUCACUUUGAGCCCAUGUAUGGUUUUAAUAUUGUUCUGUUUAACUGGUUUGGAGCAGCACUCUGCCUCUUCUGUUUUUUCAUUUGUACUUUAUUAAAUAUUUGU